AUGUCCAAGUGGGGGAAGAUCCACGACUCCUGGCUCAGUAAAGCCAUAAACGAGAAGUCUUGCAAAUCAUGGCAGGAACUCGUUGACGCUUUUAAUCUCAGCUUCCCUGACUAUACAAACCCCCCAAACGAGGAUGUCCUUGCUUUCCGUUGGCAAGUAAGUAAUGGGUGGAGAAGGUUGGACAUGGGAGCGAUCUAUAAAGACCCUUUCACUAUUGAUAAAAUUGCUCGACCCGUUACUGUGCCUCCUGAACCCGUUACUGUGCCUCCUGAACCCGUUACCGUGCCUGCUCGACCCGGUACCGCACCUGCUCAACCCAUUUCUGUGUCCGCCCAACCCGUUACUGUAUCCGCUCAAAUUACCAACCGGGCUUACUUGAUGUGGUCGAAGGAAGAGGAUGAAUGGCUAUUGGACAUUGCGGGAAAGGUCCUCCAGGCACGACCAAAUCCAUGUGCCAGGGAAGAGACGCAAAAAGGGUACGGGUGGCUUCGUGGGCGGUCGUUCAGUUGGGGGAUCAUUGCGGCUGAGUAUAGGGCAAAAUUCCAGAGCGAAAGGACGGUGAGAGGUAUCAAGAACAGACUCUUGAGAUUGACUGAUAAAGCUACAGAACACAGGAGGGCUACUUCCCAGCGGGGUCGGCCGCGGCGCGGUAGCGUGAAGGAGAGAUACGGCGAGAAAUCAAAUGGCAGAAAGGAUAUACAGAAUGAAGAGAAUGGAGAGAAUGAGGAUGAUGGAGACAAUUAUGGAGGCGAUUAUGGAGAAAAUUAUGAAGAGAGUGAUGGAGAGGAUGAAUGGGACGGAUAA